AUGCAGAAAUCUGAUAUCGUGGAUGAUGUAGGUUCCCAAGUUUAGCAUACGAUAUUUACAGACGCAGUAUUUUGCAACUAUAUCUUCAAAAGCUUUAGCGAAAAUUUUCGAUAUUAGCCGAAACUUUGAUUUCAAGCAAAAGGUCACAUCUAUCCUCAAGGUAAUGCAUUCACAUAAUCAUAUACGAUUAUGGCGUAGGUUCCAUUGAAGGAUUCUGAGGACAGAAUUAACGAUCUUCUAUCUAUUCUAUGGACAACUGGCGUAAGUUAACAAACAGUGCAUGUUAGAAAGACUGUCGACUUUGGUUGGAACGGAAAAGCGUAUUUACUUGUUUUUUUUUAAUCGAUCGAUCGAUAUGAGCCAAGCUAUUUCGUUGCUGUCUGUUUAAAUCUAGCUUGAAUUUCGUUUGAAUGUCUCGGCAUUUUACCUGAGCUCCUUACUUUUAAAUGAAUCCCAACAUCUCUUAGCAGACACAUUCUCCGACGUUAUAUCUGUAGCUAUACCAAGCCCCAUGACAGUUUCUCUAUUUCUUAGGCACUAAUAACUAGCUUAUGCUUGAUGUUUGACCUCAAAUAUAAUCCUCUAAAGCAGAGUUUCAUUAGUCUACCGUUUCGAUUUGCAAUGAUCGCAUAUUAUACUGGUCUGUUUUUAAGAAACGAUCUUAAAGAUCUUGGCAGUAAACAGAAGAACAAGCGGGGCCUCACAUUGCCCAGCUCCGGUAGUUAAAUCGAAAGUGGCUAAAUACAGAGCCUAGACCUUUAAGCAUCCUAGACGCCUCGUCGUCCGACUUUCCGGGAAUAAUUACCUCGUAGCCCUUAAAUAGCUAUUUGAGUGGACUAGUCCAUUUACAAAAAAAGAUCUGAGCACGCUGAGAAUAUACGAAUAUCAUGCAACAGGAUGCAAAAACCAGGCGAAUUUAAAAAGUCAGCUUCGGUUUCAACAACUACGGUAUGUGUCGCAUGUUGAACCGUUCCAUUCUAGGCACUUUUUAAAUUCGUACCAGCAAUCGGUCUUGUGCGAACGUGGAACAUAGAUCGAAACUGUUCUUCCCUCCUGUGUUCAAGUUUAAACUUAUGUCUUACGAUGAAUUCUUCCCGUAAAUUUCUGCCCGAUAGCCAUUUGAGGCUUCAUCUCGUUUCAGAUUGAGAAUUCGAGCUGAGUGGCAAACAACAUAUGCCAACUACUAAUGACAAUGUAAGGAAAUUUAUGAGGUUCGUGGGGUUACCCCAAUGGUAAUCCAACAGUGAGGAAAAUAGAACAGGGUUAUUAUAGCACCUCUUGGGGACUGCCAAUCUCAUUUGAACACAGUCAAUAUCUGAGUGUGCAGACCGCGUGCGACACUAUGUCACCUCUCAGGUCAUGCAAGCACGCCGUCUUAUCGGAGUAUUUUCACAGUCAAGAGUCCCCAUUUGAAGAGCGCACCUUGGCACAUUUGCUUACAGUCCUUUCUGAGACCGAAAACUAACAAUAAGUCGCUAGUCGGCCACGCGACCCCAGGAAUAGUGAAAAGCGGUCAAAACUAUUUGUCUGCGUGGAAUUGAGAGUACGGAGCCCAGAGUACUGUCUCUGCUCUUGCGGAUGUUGAGAUUUCUGAACCAGCGAACGGUCAACGGAGACGGUGCUUGUUUAUACACAUAGUAUUGUGAACAACUUAAUCGCUUUGACUACGUUUUGCUGAAUGUUUUACGUGCAGGAUCUAUGGUAGCGGCUCCGGAGACUUUGGCGUUUCCUUUGCUGAUAGCCGCAUCCGAAUAUCCAGAGCCCCAAAACUAAGACAUAAGCAACCGUGUGGGAUAGUAGUUUUGUCGUUUCACAACACUAUUAUUAGACGUCACUUUAUCUCUACUUUCAUAUUUACUACGCUUUGGCAUGAAAAUACAUUCUAUACAUGCAAAAACGAAGUUUACUAAAUUAAUGCCAUUUCUGACGUUUCCGGGAUAUUGCGCUUUUCUAAAUAAAGCGGCAUUUCUGAACAACGCAACACCGCAUUUAAUGUUUCUUUUAUGUUUUUAAUUCUUUUAAACGUAUACUUAAUUAACAUAGACACUGGACUCAAAAUGGUGUCGGUUGGCGAGUGAUUGGCAAUCAUUCGUAAAUUUCGACACAUUUCAUGAGUUAGGUCACUAACUGUACAUUGGAGUGAUCGCGUUGAAUUUAAAGAAAUGAGAGUAAGCGCGCCGGACUGGUAAAAAUGCACUCAAACUACUAGCCUGUACGUCCAUGGCUGGCAGGUAGAAAACUAGCUGAUAAAUAAGCAUAUGUGCAUCCAAGGACUGAGCAGUCGUGGACCACCAGCAGUAACAGCAGUGCUACCGGGGUGCCCGAAGUUGAGUUUUGGCACACCAACUGUCCUGUAAAAUACGCAAAGCCUUAUAAUGGUAUUGCGAUGUCGCGACCAUUAACUGCCAUUAAGUACGUUCGCUUACCACUGCUGCCUUAGUGACAAAUUUUAGGGAGGUAAAACCCUAGAACAAACGAAUCUAGUAACAAUUAGGAAACCCUAUGUACCGAAAAUUUCCGAGAAACACUAGAGAAACUAAGGCUAGGCGAGGCGUGUCGACAUUUUCGAUCACCGGAACAGCCCUUUUAUUUAUCUGAGCUUUAAACGCCAUGCAAGUCUAAAUUAUAAGACCACACUGCGGCACCGUUCGAUGUAGGCCUGCUAGUCGCAUCCACCCCGCCGACUUGGAGUGCGAAUAAAAGACAGGCUAAACACCGGCAACGACGUGGUGUUUUCCCGGAUCUAAUUCCGCUAGUCCCUGUAACAAGAGCUCUGGUCGUGCGACGCUUCAGCUCACGGAUACGUCACUGAGUGAUCCGGAGGGGCUAUCCGGUGUCCCAAUUUCCUGUUACCUACCUAAAGACCACGAAUACGACUUUUUGGGUGUUCGGGUAACAAAGCGUGUGGGUAACAAGGCAAGGGCUGCCGAAGACAGCAACUGCCCACGCUGACAUCGACUUUACAUCUACAUGUUAUGGGAAAUGCACUCAGUCAGAUAGUGUCGCUGUCUUUCGAGCAGAUGACGCACGUGAUAAGAGAAUUUACAAAGCUACACAGUCCUUACUAAUACUUUAUUUUUGCGAUAGAAGGCCCAUGUAUGUGUCCGCAAGCCCCGAAUAGUUGGCACGAUGCCCUGCUACUCCUCCUUUUGCAAGAAGCUGAGACUUACAUUUUUGACUCUAUUCAUGAGCACAGCCAAAUUGAGCGCAAUUAAGCUUGGAUAGAAUGCAUCCAGCAGAUCAUUCUAUCAGACCAUGCCACUAACUUAACUCGCUGAGGGGCUAUUUGCCGUUCGAUAAUGCUGACUUAACACUGGGACGCAGGCCGACCGGAUUUGAAUACUUACAUACCUUUUCUUGAAGGGCGUUCGUAGUGGCAUCAAGUGUAAGAUUUAUCUAAUUACGAUCAACGGCCUCCCCCUUACGAUUGGUCAACGAGAAACCUGCCAGUUUCAGUAGUCUCAUAGUGCGAAAGCUGCACGACCAGAAAUGCGCAUGAUGUCGGCUCUUGCAACAUCAGACCCGCUUCAACAUCCCCCAGCGAUCGCCCUUUUCUUGGAAGAAAUUAUUUCGAGACCUGUUUCAGCUACCCUUCAACCUUACACAAACUUAAUGUAAUUGUGAAGGACCUCCCCAGUCUCGAAGUGUCUCCAGCGUUGUCCGAGUCCAAAAUACACAGACUGGGAUCAACUAUAACAUAAGAAAGGUCGGUCGGUAUGUUAUGGAACCAAGUAUAUCGCACCAGAGAGGAUGCAGUGCCGACGGAUGUCAAAGGCAGUCUCAAAGGAAUCACUUUCCUCGCAACUUUUACCAACUUUAGCCCCUUUCCCUGGUGGCCCUCCUGGAACAGUCGAAGUAACUUCGGCAAAAUGUCAGUAUGUGGCACGGACUGUCACAGGGAAUCACAAUGAAUGGGAGUCGAUAGACCAGGUUAAUCUUCUUACAAAAGUGUGGAUAAGCGAAACCUUCAUCAUCACGUUCAAGCAGCGGGCGAAGAUCGCACUGUUUCUUGCUCAAAUGGACGCAGUUUGCAAGAUUUUUGUAAUCCCCGAAGAUUUCGACGAACAUGUUGUGGUAGUUACUAAGACCUGUGCAUACCAAACAUCUGUGCAGUCAUUCACUUAAGGCUGUAAAUAUCAACUGAAAGUGGAGGACGAGGAAGAAGCUGGAGGUUUCCAAACGCUGUUAUUAUCGAGAGAAGUACGCUGAUUCCGCCUCGAGUGAGACAACUGGUAAUCGCUGCGGUGAAUGCGCGAGGAGAUCCCAUGCCAAGAAACAUGACCGGGGCGGGGUUAUGGCGCGUUCUUCGCCGCUCUCCCUCGAAUCUGUGCCGCCGUUGGAACGUACAACUGCGACUUUGGUGGCUUCAUGAAGGCGCACAAGUGCAGCCCACUAAGACACCCGCACCCAGAGCAUGGGUAAAGCUUAGGUCUGAUUACUCCUGGCGAUUGCUUUACCGUGUCGACCAGAAUUGUCAGUGAAACCUGAAACUGACCUUGAUCGUAUAGUCGAUGUCCUCGUUAGUGGCAGCUUGCGUCCUCAUGACCAUGUUUUGGGCUCUCGACCAGUGAUGACUGCCCGAUAAUUGACUGACUGUGUAGGCCGCGUAUUAAUGUACUACACUUACCAAACAUUGGCUGCGCGCCAAUAACGCCGUGAAAAAUGUACUGCAGAGCAUACACUUAGAUAUACCUUUGAAGAUGAUCCUCUAUCUAGCCUAAGAUAGCCCAUUUUCGAAAAUUCAACGAUCGAACCCGAGAACUCGUAACAGAUAACGGGAAAAAUUGAAAAAUACCCCAGUUGACUGAUAAACACGCUACAUUCGAUUAUCUCCUCGUGCAUAAGUUUAGUAACAUCUGCUGCAGUUAUUCUCAAGGCAUACUUUCUGAAACUUUUUAAAGGCUAACGAGGACCUUGAUGGAGAUACCGACGGCGAUGGAAAACCGGAUGCCAAGAGGAGGAAACGCAAAAAGGACGUCACUCUUCUGAAUGGAACAAAAGAAUUUGACAACCUGUUUGCUGGUUUCGAGUAA